AUGUCUACGCACGGGAUUUCUACAACACCAGUGGAGGCGCAAGCCGUUUUGGCAUGCGCAGAUUCAGCAGAUGCGGCACUUGUGCCCGCCGUUGCACCCGAUACUGCCACGCUUCAGACAGCAGGAAAUUGUGCAGCAGGGACUGCUUCUGACUUAGAAAUUCUCUCGGAGAGCGCAGCGUGCAAAUCACCUGCUGCUUCCAAGGAUGCAACGGACCAUAUACCCCAGGAAGAGCAUGCCGCUGGAGCUGGUGUUAGUGCUGGUGCGAUGGCUCUUAGAGGGGCAGUGGACACGCCAAAGCUGUGGGGUGGGAAGCCUUCGAAUAUUCCAUCUGCGGAUGCAGAGACGAUGGUUGCAGCAGCAGCAGCACCAGUCGCUUUACCGAAGCCUCUAAAUGCUUUUGCUGGCGCGAGGAAAUCGGCAGCACUGACAGCACUUGCUGCGGAAGAUCAGCAUGCAGCAGCAGCAGCGGCAGCAGCAGCAGCAUCACGACACGGCAGCAGCAGCAGCAGCAGCCGCGGCAGCACAGCAGACACUGCAGCAACAGCAGCAGCAGCAGCAGCAGCAGCGGCAGCCACCUCAGUGGCAACAAAAGGUUCCGAACUACUGCGUGCCCGCGUUUUCCUUUGCAAAGAGGGCAAGGAGGUAGAGCGCCACAAAUGGAAUCUCCUUGGUGACCUGGCUGCCGCAAGAGCAGCAAAAGCUAAAUUAAGCAAGAAGCUGCAAGCACUUAAAGCUCUCCCAGGAGCACUGGAGACCCUCAAGGCGUCUAUUGGGCAAAGGCUUCAGGCACUCGAGUUGCCUGCCUUACUAACGGCCUUCGGAGAAGAUGUAGCUUGUCCUUUUGUUUUCCCUCAGCUACACCAGUUUCCUGGUACGUGGCCCCCUGUUCUGACAGACACGGUGUACAAGCAGACAGUAGAUUUCGUUGCUGGGUUGAAGGCAAGCAGGUGCAGCACCGUGGGAGCCCCCAGCAACAAGGCACGUGGCCAGGGCAGCCUGAGGGACGCACUGCAAGUAGCAAUCGGGCUUCAUCCUGAUGUACUUUAUCUCAUUGCGCAUACAGCACCGGGUCAGAUACUUGGCUCCUCUUGCUAUUGCUGA